AUAUUAUUCUAAAGCAUAUGAUAAUUGAUCAUUAACACUUCCAACAUAUUGGACCACCACAAACUCCACUCUUCCCUCUUUACUCAUCAUUUCCUUUGUCUCCCCCAAAACAUUCAAUCAAUCUUACAAACUAUUUCCUCUAAUUCCUAUUAUCAUUCAUUCUCUCUCUAAAAUCACUAUUUUCUCUCUCUAAAAUAUGAAGCAAGAUCAAAAACUUUCUCUCAGUAGAAGUACAAGUUGUAAUUCUUGGAGUUCUAAAAUUAUCCCUUCUAAUUUUAGCCGUUCAACUUCUUCUACAUUUUCUCCUGAUAGUCCUAGGGACGUGUCUCAUAAACCCUUUGUACGUACUAGGGAUUCUAGUAAUAGUACCAAUUCCCUCGUGGUGUCACGGGUGAAACUAACUCGUCUUACUUUAUCCACCUUUUUCCGGUCUCUGCUCCAUGUUUUCUCCUUCUCUACAUCGUCCUUCUCGGCGGUUCCCACGUGUAGAUGGUUGACUAUUCCGAACCGAGUCCUUUCCUUAUCUUCCCCUACUCCCCUAGGGCGGAAGGUGACGGGCACUCUCUUUGGACACAGAAAAGGUCAUGUAACAUUCGCGGUACAAGAUGAUCCUAGGGCUGACCCUGCCCUACUAAUCGAGCUCGCGAUCUCUACGUCAGCUUUAGUCCGUGAGAUGUCGUCGGGGCUCGUGAGGAUCGCCCUAGAGUGCGAGCGGGGGUCACACCAAACGGGGCGUGGGAAGCACGCGCCUAAGCUUUUCCUUGAGCCUGUAUGGACUAUGUAUUGCAACGGGCGAAAAUGCGGGUACGCAAACUCACGCGCGUGUAAUGAGUUUGAUUGGCACGUGCUUAGUACGGUCCAAAGCGUAUCAGUUGGGGCGGGCGUUAUCCCUUUAGUGGAGAAUCGAACAGGUUCCGGUUCUGGUUCCGAGGGAGAGUUGCUAUACAUGAGAGCCAAGUUUGAGCGGGUCGUAGGAAACCGUGACUCGGAGGCAUUUUACAUGCUAAACCCGGAUGGUAAUGGUGGACCUGAGCUCAGCAUAUUUCUUCUUAGGUUAUAAUAAUAAUAAUUAUAUAAAUAUAUAAUCGUCAUUUAUAAUUUAAUUUGAUGUUGAUGAGCUAGAUAUAAUCAUGAUUAAUACAAGAAAGAGUAAAGAAAAUGGAUGUUUAGGGUAAUGAUUAGGGAUUAUAUGGCAAAUGGAAGAAAGUGAUUGGUUAAAGUAGUGAUCAACCAUUUGACAUUUUCUAUAAUGUUGAUUUAUUAUAAAGGGUGUUGGUGUGACCAUGUGCUUUUGUUUAUAAUUCUAAUACUUUUUUUUUUUUAGUUUUAUUUUUUGGGAUAUGAUCUUAUACUAUAGUUAAUUUUAUCUUUUGAUUGGGUUUGAUGACAAAAACUUUAAUUAGUGAAAUGUACCUUGAUACAAAAUUAAUGAAAAUUCGAGAAAGAUUUGUAGUUUAA